AACAAUAAAAUUCAAAAUAAAUUUUCUAUUAAAUUUUGAAAAAUGAACUCUUCUUAAUUAAAACAAUAAUUAUUUUCAUUACAAUUGAUAUUUACAGAUUUUUUAUCGCCCAUUUAUAUAAAUUUUACACCCAAUUAUGUCUCAGUGAAUUUAGUGCGCAAUGAAAACUAAUAAACCGCCUGUAUUUUGAUCAAUAAUUAAAAUAAAUGAACAUAAUUAUAUUACUAACUCAUAUAAUUAAAUUUAAAACCAAUCAAUACAAUUUAAAUAUGUUUUAUUCAAACAGUCGGUGACACAAAAAUUCAUUUUCAAAUUUACAAGACAUUCCAUUACAAAUAUUUUUACUAAAAAACAAAAGUAUUAUAAAUAUAAGCAAACAAAAAACAUAAUCACCAUAAAUUUAAAAAAAUAAUAAUAAUAAAAUAUAAUUUUCUACUUAAAAUAAAUAAAACUGCCAGUAAAUUCUAAAUAUUUAAAAUUAAAAGUGAAAUUGUGUCUGAGUAAAUCCUAACCUAAGUUCAAAUUUUAUUUGAAAUCAAUAAAAAAUUUGAAUAACAAAAAACUGAAUAAAUUUUUGAAUAAUAAACAAAACAAUGGCACGAAAUUUAACCGCACAAUUAGAAAAAAAGAAACACGCACAAUAUUUGAAAAGAAUAUUACAAAUAAUGCCGAGUCAAAUGGCUCAAUACGAUUCAAAUAGAAUGAUGUUUGCAUUUUUUUCUGUAUCAGGACUUGACAUGCUCGACUCAUUGAAUUUGAUAAACGAAACGGAGAAAUUAUCAGCCAUCGAAUGGAUAUACAAAUUACAAGUGACAGAUCCUGGUGUCAGAUCUGGUUUUCAAGCCUCAACGAUGCUACCAAAUGAUACGGCUCACUAUCAAUGUGGUUAUUUACCGAUGACUUAUACGGCACUUGCAACAUUAUUAGCAUUGGGCGAUGAUUUGAAACGCGUUAAUAAGAAAUCAAUAUUGGAAGGUAUGCGUGCAUGUCAGAAUAAUGAUGGUUGUUUCAUGGCAAUGAUAACUGAAAGCGAAAGCGACAUGAGGUUUCUCUACUGUGCAUGCUGUGUUUCUGCGAUCCUCAAUGAUUGGUCUGGAAUAAAUAAAACUACGGCUAUUGAUUAUAUUGUUAAGAGUAUCUCAUAUGAUGGAGCAAUGGGACAAGGACCUGGACUGGAGUCACAUGGUGGAUCAACGUUCUGUGCGGUUGCCAGUCUAUAUCUCAUGAACGAGCUCCACAAUGUCCUGAAUAAGGAUCAAAUUGACAAAUUGAGACGUUGGUGUCUCAUGAGACAAACCAGUGGGUUUCAAGGACGUCCUGGUAAACCAUCAGACACCUGUUACAGCUUUUGGGUCGGCGCUACACUACAUAUGCUCGACUCUGGGCAUCUUAUUGAUCCAGUAGAAAAUCGAGAAUUUAUUUUGAGUACUCAAGAUGAUUCUAUUGGAGGGUUUGCUAAAUUUUAUGAUACACGUGCUGAUCCAUUGCAUACUUAUUUAGGUCUGUGUGGCUUGAGUUUGAUGGGAGAACCUGGAUUAUUGUCAAUGAAUGCUGCUUUAAAUGUAUCUAAUCGUGUCUACAAUCAUUUGAAAGAAAUUCAUAAAAAAUGGGAAAAUGAUUGAUAGUUUUAUUGUUUUUUUUUUUUAAUAAAUAAAUAAAUAAAUUUUAUCGAAAAAAAUUUUCAUAUCAAGCGCACAUUAAUAGAUUACUCGUGAGAUUGUAAUGAGAUAUUGUAAUAAAUUCUUAUAAUAAUCUAUUAUAUACGUAUCAUACAAUUAUCUAUAUGAGGCUUAUAUUUAUUUAUAAUUGCUGCAUUUUUGAAAUUUUUUAAGCAGCUACAAUGUAUCACAAGUAAUUGUAAUGAUCACAGUAAUUACCAGUAACACAAUUUACUUUAUCUUAUAUAUAAAUUUAAAAGUUUAUUCUGUUGAAAAUAUAUGAUUCUGAACUCAGUAGGCAAUUGAAAGUUUUUGGAUUUUUUUUUUCGCAAAUCAGUUGCAAAAAAAAAUAAACUAAAAAUAUGCACAUGUAGAAAAUUAAAAAAGCUACAGGUGCAAUUUUUUGGAAAAUUUUUUUCUUUGUAAUU